AUGGACAGCUCUUAUUCGCCUGGCUCCACGUCUCUAGACACUGAUCUCAAGCUAUGUGCCUGCAGGGCAAUAUCGCGGGGACACCGUCCCAGAGCUCCACGUUUAGGCCUCUCGCCUCUGCCUUACAACGGAGCCCCAAAUGACUAUGAUGGCAAGUUUGAUAGACAAGAUCUCCCGGCUUGUCAAUCAGGAAGGCCUCAACCAGCCGCUGACAAACGGAGGAAAUGUAUCCUUCAGCCGAGAAUCCUCAUCGUUCCCACGUUUCUCACUACGCCUCGUCGCAUGUUGUCUGGAGAAAAGGAGGCAUUAUUCGAACAUUUCCGCACUUUCAUUAAAGUUCCCACUUCACAAUCUCAUAAACAAGAAAGACAGUACCACGAAACAUCGCACAAUAUUUUUAGAAUACUGAUAACAAGGAGCCACGCCUCAUCCAUGACCACAGCAAGCAGCAUGAAUUGUUGUGGUGUGAACUUGGGAGGAAUCCAAACACUCGCCAGCAAUAGGGCCUACUUGAAUUACUGCCCUGCUUUGAGCUAUGGCAAUUUUACCAACCUCACUCGAGAAACGCUAUGGAGGUCGGAGCUCCCGGCCUCCGAACAGCAUCGAAGAAGUGUGCCAGGAAAUCACUGGGGCUUGCUUUCGCCUCGCCACCUCGCUCUAGGAUGGCUCGAAAUUGGUCCAUCAAGUUCCAGCCCAGCCAUUGCGAUGGAUGUGUUCCGAGGGCUGAUUGGUGCUUUCCUUUGUUUGCCACCUAUUCGCUCUUCGGAGACUCCCUUGAAAUCAGUACCAAUGGUUGUGGACAUGAGCUUCUGUACCUUAUCCAAGGUAACAUGCUCUCUGCUGAACGAAUACGCCGGACUUUGGGCUGUAGGCCGCGUCUGCGCACCCAAAAACGAGCUCGCUCGUUCGACCACAUGGCCUGGCCGCCGGGGUAACCUUGGAAACUUGAACCCCAGAAUUCUCCCUCGCUUUUUGGAAAGGGAGUCUUGUCUCUGGACUCUUCUCUUUGCCUCCUCAUAUCGUGAUCUAGAUCUCGACGGUGAAUACCAGAUCUCUCCGUCUAGAAUCGGUAUCGGCCGCUCUCCCCCGCCUUUGGACACUUGCACUUACAGGCGUUUAGGUAUCACUACCCUACUCAGACAUACCUCUGAGACCCGUCCCGGGAUUCAGGAUUUACUGAUUUUCAAGCCCAACAACUUCUAG